AUGACCGCUACACCUCCAAGUAAGAUCAGCUUACCACCUCGACCGACUACUACAGAUCUUCUUGGUGAUUCGGCACUUUCGACCGAUACCCCUUCACCUACUGUUCAACGCAAUGGUCUCGAUCUCAAUUCACCUGAUGGAUCUCCCUCGUUCUCCAGGGCAGGUGGAACUUUACCUCGUUCAGCAUCGAAGAGUCGUCGACGUUCAGUUAGGAAUAGUUUCGCUAGCUAUGGUAGAAAUGGAAGAAGGAUGAGUAGAGGCGUAGAAAUUGGUUCUCCUUUACCCGAUGAUGAGGAUCUCGCACCUAAAUUACCAACUCUUGUACCUGGGAUUAGACCUGCGUAUUCCACUCCAUUACCUGUACUACCCAUGGUCGUCAUGUGUAUCGCAAUGUUAUCCGAACUUCUCUCCGCAAAUCUGUGUACUCCCUUCUUGCUCAAGAUGGUCGAAGGCUUUUUCAUCGCUUCCGGUAAGGAGAAGAACAGCGAGACAGAAGCAUCAGUCGGCUUGUGGACCGGUAAUCUGGUUUCAGUCUUCUUUAUCACCCAAUUUUUCACUUCGUUGUUGUGGAGUAGUAUUGCCGAUAGACAUGGUCGAAGAGCUGUUUUGGUUGCUAGUUUGUUGGGUAGCGCUAUCGCUCUGACGAUUUUCGGUACUUCUGAAUCGCUCCCUGAGGCCAUUUGUGUUAGACUUAUUCAAGGUAUUUUCGGAGGUGCUGUCGGAGUUUUCCGAGGAUCCAUUCGAGAUUUGACCGACGAUACAAACGCAUCUCGAGCAUAUGCUGUACUAGGUUUUUCUUGGGGUUUCGGUGGUGUUAUCGGACCUAUCAUUGGUGGUGUUUUCGAAAGCCCCGCUGAAAAUUUCCCUGGGAGUUUUCUAAGUAAAAUUGGUGUCUUUCAAAAUUUCCCAUACGUCCUCCCCACUCUCAUCGCCAGUGUCAUCCUCGUCACCGGUGCCAUUCUCUCUUGCUUCUUGUCCUGGGAUGGUGGUGUACGAGGGGGAUCUCGUAUAGCUCUUGAAGUAGAAAAAGACGAACCUCUUGCGGGUGCUUCUCCUGCAACUCAACGUGUUUCUUCACCUGCUCCUUCAAACCGCACAGCAAUUCGAAUUCCUUCCUUAAGUCUCAAGCGUAGCGGUGUUUUAUCUCCCGGAGAGACAGAAGCUGCUUCUCAUGGAGCUGGAUAUCCUGCUCUUUCUAGUACUCCUCACGGCAGAAGAGACAGUAGAGCAAGUCUUGGUACCGCUUAUGGGUACGGUGGUAUUAGAUCGAAACAUCCUACUUUGGCUGCUAGAGCUGCGAUGGAAGCUGCAAGAAGAGCUUCAGCAGCUGUUCCUAGACUGGAGGACGAGGAGGACGAGGAGGAUGAAGAAGGUGGCGCUGGUCAUGGUGCACUGGGAUUAGCUCAAAAGCUUCUAUUGGCCAACGAGGAAAACACGUUCAACAUCAACGAUCUUUGGGUUUCUGCUGCCGUUGCCCAAGAUAGUGCGGUCUUUGAAGACGAAGAAGAGACCGAAGGAGAUCUUACUGAAGAAGAGCGUGCUACCGAUGAUGAAACACCUCAACCUUCACCGGGGCUGACACCAGCCUCUAUCCAAGAAGAUCCUAGAGCCGGUCUUGGACACAGAAAACCCAGUGGCAAGAUGAGGCUCGUGUCUGGCGCUUCUUCGAUGUACAGGCCAUUGGGUGGACACCGCUUAUCGGUCUCUCAUGGUGGACGGAGGUUUAGUACUUCGUCUGGACAUGUGCCAGCGAUUUUCAGUAACACCGGUGUACGAACACCACCUGCCGUAACGGCUGCUAAUGAAGGUGAAUCUCCUUAUGGAACCGAAACUCAAGAUCCCUUCUUCCCUCUUCCUGCUACCGCCCGCCCAGGUCAACACGCCGGUGGAUUGAGUGUCAUCACUGAAGGUGAAAGGAGCACGUCUUCUGCGGUCGCUGUCAGUCCGGGAGGUACUCAACAGGUUUCGGAAAAACCAAAGAGCAAUUUCGCGCUGUUACCUUUCAUGAUGAUCCUGCAGUAUGGACUCCUGGCUUUGCAUGGAACAAUUCACGAUCAAGUCUUCCUCUCCUUCCUUGUUACACCAUAUCGAUCUGGUGGAUUGGGACUUAACCCAGCACAUUUCUCUUUCCUCGUAGCUAUAAUGUGCUGCUGUCAAUUGGUCUAUCAAUUCUACCUGUACCCCCGACUCGGCCCCCCAUUAGGCAGAUUCAGCCACAUUCAGAUGUUUAGACUUGGAUGUGCCUUUUACUUGCCCUCUUACUUCGCUUUGCCCAUUUUGCACAAAAUCGCUUCACCCGAUUCUGAAGGAGGCUUUUUACUUAUGACUGGUUUGACUUUGAUCACCGCUGUAAGAUAUUGUGCGGGUACUUUUGCCUAUACUUCAGUGAUGGUUCUUAUUAAUGCGAUGUCUCCGCCCCACGUUGUUGGUCUAGCCAAUGGAUUAGCACAAAGUACUGUUUCUGCAGCUAGGUUUGUGGGACCUAUCAUCGGUGGAGCCGUAUGGAGUGCAUCCAUCAAUGGCAAUCCAUCAGGAUACGCAUACGGCUUCUACUUCGUCACUAUCGCAUGCUUCAUUCAGAUAUCUCUAUCAUUUUUGAUCCGAUGA